AUGGCCACAUUAUCAUUAAAAAUCUCGUUGGAAGGCGGCAAAGUUGUCAAAACCAUCCAGUUCGACCCUUCCACGACAGUGUACGACGCGUGCCGCAUCAUCCGCGAGAAGAUACUUGAAGCUAGUUCUAGUGACCCAAAAGAAUACGGACUCUUCUUGGCAUCGGAGGAAGACAAUAAAAAAGGAAUAUGGCUGGAAGCGUCACGAAGUCUCGACUAUUACAUGCUGCGCAAUGGAGAUCUGCUGGAAUACAAUAAGAAGAUGCGCAAUUUACGUGUCAGAAUGCUUGACGGCACUGUAAAAACACUUCUGGUGGACGACAGCCAGAUUGUGGCAAAUUUGAUGGUGGUGAUAUGUACCAAAAUCGGCAUCACCAAUUACGACGAAUAUGGACUGGUUCGCGAAGAACAAAAAGAAGAAGUAGAUCCAUGUGAAAAACCCAAUUAUGGAACACUAACCCUAAAGCGGAAGCAUCAGGAAAAGGAGCGCGACACUAAAAUGGAGCAGCUUAGAAAGAAACUGAGAACAGACGAUGAAGUGAACUGGGUGGAGCCGUCUAAGACGCUACGCGAGCAGGGUGUAGAAGCCACAGAAACACUUCUGCUACGCCGCAAGCUUUUCUACUCGGACCGCAACGUGGACUCGCGCGACCCCGUGCAGCUGAACCUGCUGUAUGUGCAGGCGCGCGACGCGAUCCUCGCCGGCACGCACCCCAUCACGCAGGACAAAGCAUGCGAGUUUGCCGGAAUCCAAUGUCAAAUUCAGUUCGGUGAUCACAAGGAGGACAAACAUACACCAGGCUUCUUAGACCUCAAAGAGUUUCUACCCUCGUCUUACGUAAAAGUCAAAGGUAUAGAGAAGAAAAUAUUCAAAGAGCACCGCAAACACAUUGGCUUGAGCGAAUUGGACGCAAAAGUGCUCUACACCAAAAGCGCGAGAGACUUGAAGACAUAUGGCGUUGCGUUCUUCCUGGUCAAGGAAAAAAUGAAAGGCAAAAAUAAAUUGGUCCCACGUCUUCUUGGUGUCACAAAAGAUUCCGUGCUACGUCUGGACGAGAAAACGAAAGAGAUACUUCAGACUUGGCCGCUGACCACGGUUCGGCGCUGGUGCGCUAGCCCAAACACCUUCACUCUGGACUUUGGUGAUUACAGCGAUCAGUACUAUUCGGUGCAAACGACAGAAGCCGAACAGAUUCUCCAAGUGAUCGCCGGCUACAUCGAUAUCAUUGUACGCAAACAACGCGCAAAAGACCACCUGGGCAUCGAAGGCGAUGAGGGAUCCGCCAUGUUGGAAGACUCAGUUUCACCGUCCAAGGCCAAUAUUAUUCAACACGACACAUUCAAGUCGGGCAAAGUGAAUACAGAAUCUGUCGCUAAACCGGCUGUUCUUAGGCCAGGAGCUGAAGGUGCUAAGCCGUUCGCCGUGGGCCACUUGACCGGCGCUCAGCAAACCACGGUCUCUGGGCAAAUCAUCACCGGCCACACGCCUCCUACAGUGCAACAAACGCGCGUGACGUCGAUAUUGUCGGAGCCGCAGCGCGCACUGCUGUCUACCAUCACCGGCGGCCGGGAGAUCAUCCGUCAGACCGAGGAGAGUUUGAGCAGGGCUUCACUACCAGCUCUUGGACAAGAUGCGGCCUCAGUUAAAUGGAAACAAGUGACCAUGGACACCAGCAAGCAAGUAGUGACUUCUCAAAUAGCUGCGAUGAAUGCCGCCACUGCACAGGUCGUCACACUUACGUCAGGACCAACCGAAGAAGUGGAUCACACAGCAGUGGGAGCUGCAAUCACCACAAUUACUACUAACCUCCCGGAAAUGACGAAAGGCGUACAAACGAUUGCCGCACUCAUGGAUGACACUGAUGAUGGAGAUAAACUCUUGGACGCUACUAGGAAAUUAUGUAGCGCUUUCAGCGAUUUGUUGAAGGCCGCUGAACCAGAAACCAAGGAGCCUCGCCAGAAUCUCCUCAAUGCUGCCUCUCGUGUCGGAGAAGCGUCUACUUCCGUCCUUUACACGAUCGGCGAAGAAACCGAAGAGGACAAGGAGACCCAGGACAUCCUGCUGUCGCUUGCUAAAGCGGUGGCAAAUACCACCGCCGCGCUGGUACUGAAAGCCAAGAACGUUGCGGCUCAAUGCAAGGACGAUCAGGCGCUGCAGAACAACAUUAUUGCGGCUGCUACACACUGUGCACUUGCCACGAGUCAACUAGUCGCCUGCGCUAAGGUGGUAGCACCAACUUUACACAACCCAGCGUGCCGUGAGCAAUUAACUAGCGCGGCACGUCAAGUAGGCGCGGCCGUCGAGCGUUUAGUGGAAGCCAGCAGGCAGGCGCCAGAAGCUGCAGGUCCUGGGGUGGAGCAGCUCGCUGUUGCUGCUCAGAGAGUCUCCGAGGAGUUGGAGAGACUGCUGGCUCACUGUCACUUAGAGCGUCGCAGCGCGCAACCGACAGUAAUGGAGCGCAGUGUGGAGAGCGUGGUGACGGCGAGCGAGCGCGUCACGGACGCGCACGACGCGCCCGAGAUGGUGCGCCGCGCGCGCCUGCUGGGCCAGGCCACCGCGCGCCUCAUCGCCGACAUCAAGACUGAAGCAGAAACGCAACCUUCGGACUCACAGCGUAAAUUACUGGCAGCUGCUAAACUCCUAGCCGAUGCUACUGCACGUAUGGUCGAAGCUGCUAGGCUGUGUGCAUCCGCUCCUCAGGACAGAGACAAGCAAGAAGCGUUGCGCAGAGCGGCGGAAGAAGUGCGCUAUAUUACAGUGGAUUACGCGCAAGGUCAAGACAUCGUCGGCUCGCAGAUUGCGCGACUUCAGGAAAGCGCUAGGCUAGCCGCUUCGAGCGCCACGCAACUCAUCGCCUCUGCGCACAACACCACCCAGCACAAUACAAAUAAAUACUCGCAGGAGUCAUUACUGCAAGAGUGCCGAUCACUGAACGAACAGAUUCCCCGAGUGGUGGAAGCGGCCAAGGUAUCUGCCGCGAGGCCAGGAGAAGCUGCUGCCCAACUCGACCUCAUAUCCGCUUCCGAAACUUUCCUACAGCCCAGCAGCCACGUUAUCCAAGCGGCUAGAAGCGUGUUACCAACGGUAUCGGAUGGCCCCACCGCCAAGCAACUGGCCGACACUACUCAUCAGUUCACCACCAGCUGUGCUGAUCUCAGAUCGGCUGUCAACCGCGCUCGAAUCUCCUGCAAAGGAUUAGAACUGGAUGCUGCAGCAGAGAUCAUCCGCAGUCUACAAGCUGAACUUGACGAAAUGGAGGAAGCUGCGAGAGCUUUCGAUCUCAAACCUUUGCCUGGACAAACGAGCGAGUGGGCGGCAUCGCGGCUGCAGGGCGCGGGGCGCGCGGCGGGCGCGGCGACGGCGGCGCUGGCGGGCGCGGCGCGCGUGCGCGAGGCGGCCGGCUGCGGGCGCGCCGCCGCCGAGCUGGCGGCCGCGCUGCGCGACUACACGCCGCCGCUGCGCGCCGCCGUGGCGCACGCGCACCGCCACCCGCACAAGCAGAUGCGUGUGAUUUCAUCUGGUCGCCAAGUGCUGAACUCGUCACUGACUCUAGUAGAGACUGUUAAACAAUACAUGAACACAUCGGAAGACGUAGACACUGCUUCGAUUGUGGCCAUCGCUAAAGACAUUUCACACAACUUAGAACAAACAAUGGAAGCAGUACCAUCACAUGCUGAACUGGACAUGGCUAUGGAAAACAUCAACGAGACACUCAACAUUCUUAACAUGGGAGAGUUCCCGCCAUCUGACAAGAGUUAUGGCGAACUGCAAACAGAGUUGAACGCAGCAGCUGUCGGUCUCAGCACAGCGUCUUCUGACGUUGUACAAGCUGUAGAACAGCCCGAAGCUUUAGCUGAUAGCGGCCACCAGUUCGGCCAGGCCUUCAACCGCCUACUUGGGGUAUCAAUGGAAAUGGCAGGACAGACUGAGGAUCGAGAAGCUCAAGCAACAAUGGUCAGCUCCAUGAAAACCGUGACUGUUAAUUCGUCUAAACUGCUCGGAACUGCCAAGUCCGUUAGCCAAGAUUUGACAAGACCCAAUGCUAAGAACCAGUUGGCAGCGGCGGCCAGAGCAGUAACGGAAAGCAUCAAUCGUCUUGUGGACGUGUGCACGGAGGCGGCGCCGGGGCAGAAGGAGUGCGCGGCCGCCAUCCGCAGCAUCGACAGCACGCGCCCGCUGCUGGCCGCGCCCACGCAGCCGCUCAGCGAGCUCGGCUACUUCGCCUGCCUCGACGCAGUCGUCGACCAGAGCAAGGGCCUCAGCGAGGGCAUGUCGGGCAUGGCGGGCGCGGUGAAGCGCGGCGAGACGGAGCAGUUCGCGCGCGCCGUGGCCGCCGUGGCCGCCGCCGUGCAGGGCCUCGUCGAGUGCACCGCGCAGGCCGCAUACCUGGUGGCAGUAUCGGACGAGACAAGUGUCGCAGGAAGACCAGGAUUGGUUGAUCAGGCGCAAUUCGCCCGCGCCGCAUUGGCCAUAGACCAGGCUUGUAAAACAUUGUGCGAUAAAGACAGUAAUCAACAACAGGUGCUGUCCGCGGCGACGGUGAUCGCGAAACACACGAGCGCGCUGUGCAACGCAUGCCGCGUGGCAUCGGGCCGCUCGGCCGAACCGCAGAGUAAGCGCCACUUCGUGCAGGCCGCCAAGGACGUGGCCAACUCCACCGCCGCACUUGUCAAGGAGAUCAAGGCACUCGACGCGGACUACAGCGAGGCUAACCGCGCUCGCUGCGCCGCGGCUACUGGGCCGCUGCUGGACGCGGUGCGCAGCCUGUGCCAGUUCGCGGACAGUCCCGAGUUCGCGGCCGUGCCUGCGCGAAUCUCCCCUCAGGCCCGAGCCAGCCAGGAAGCCAUCCUCGUCUGCGGCAGGAACAUAAUCGGCGGGUCGUGCGCCAUGCUGGAGGCGGCGCGCGCGCUGGCGCUGGCGCCGCACGAGCGCGCGCAGUGGCAGGCGCUCGCCGCGCACAGCAAGACCGUCUCCGACAGCAUCAAAGCGCUCGUCACCAACAUACGCGAAAAAGCGCCAGGUCAACGCGAAUGUGCCGCAGCUCUCGACACGUUAAACAAGCAGCUACGCGAACUCGACCAAGUUGCAAUUCAAGCCGUUGGACAGGAGCUGCAACCGAGACAGGCCAACACAUUGCAAGGCUACUCUGAACAAAUAGAAAAUGCAGCUGCUGAGAUGCUGGAGAAACUGGAACCUCUCCGCAUUGCGGCUAAAAGCGAAGCGGAGAAUCUUGGUCACGCAGUCGUUCAGCUGGUGUCGUACGCGGAGCCGCUGGUGGCGGCGGCGGGCGGCGCGGCGUCCAACACGACGGAGUCGCGCGCGCAGGCGGCGCUGCUGCAGCACGCGCGCACCGUGCUCGAGACGCUGGCGCUGCUCGUGCACGCCGCGCGUACCGCCGCCGGCAACCCGCGCGCGGUGAGCGCAGCGAGCGAGGUGGAGGCGCAGAGUGCGCUGGCGCGCGCGGCGCUGGGCGAGCUGAGCGCGCACGUGCGCGAGCUCAGCUCGCAGCGCGGCGCCGUCGGCCCGCUGCUCGACUCGCUCGCGCGUGCCGUCGCGCGCCUCACCGAGCACAGGAUGUCACUAAUUGGAUCGUUCGAUGAGACGGAUUCGUUCGUCGACUACCAGACGAGGAUGGUGGGAACCGCGAAGGAUAUAGCACGGCUGGCUACUGACAUGACGGCAAAAUCUGCAACGGAGCCAAGCCGACUGGUGGAAGUGGGCAACGAAAUGUGUGGCAAGUACGAGCAGCUGGCCGGAGAUAGCCUGGGUGCUUCUGCCACCACACCAAAUGCAGACAUCGCCAACAGGAUCCGCACGUGCGCCGUGGAGCUGGGCGAGGCGGUGUCGGAGCUGGUGCGCGCGGGCGGCCACUGCCGCCUGUCCGCCGUCGCGCACAACCAGCGCGCCGUCGCCGACGCCGCGCGACACGUCAACGAGAAGGUGGUGGCGGUGCUGAGCGCGCUGCAGGCGGGCUCGCGCGGCACGCAGGCCUGCAUAGACGCGGCCGCCACCAUCGCCACUAUCAUUGGCGAUCUGGACACCACCAUACUUUUCGCCAGCGCCGGUACCCUACACUCGGACAAAGAAGGUGAUACGUUCUCCAACCAUCGUGAGAAUAUUCUGAAAACUGCAAAAACGUUGGUCGAAGACACAAAGACAUUGGUGGGCGGAGCGGCCGGCACACAGGAACAACUUGCGUCCGCUGCUCAAAGUGCUGUUAGGACUAUAGUGCAACUGUGCGAAGUGGUGAAGCAGGGCGCGAUGUCGCUGGGCGCGGGCAGCGCGGAGCCGCAGGUGCUGGUGCUGAACGCGGCGCGCGACGCGGCCGCCGCGCUGCGCGACCUGGCCGCCGCCACCGCCGCCGCCAGCGGCAAGCACGUCGCGCACCCCGACAUGCAGCGCCUCAAGCACGCUGCCAAGGUUAUGGUAACCAACGUAACGUCACUGCUGAAGACUGUCAAGGCCGUAGAAGACGAGCAUACACGCGGUACAAGAGCACUGGAGUCUACAAUCGAAGCUAUCUCGCAGGAAAUUGAGGUGCUGAUGUCCCCGGCGGCGCCGAAGUGCACGGCGACGCCGGAGGAGCUGGUGCGCUGCACGCGGCUCAUGACGGCGGCCACGGCGCGCGCCGUGGCGGCGGGCAGCGCGGCCGGCGCCGGCAGCCAGGACCAGCUCACCGCCGCCGCCAACCUCGGCCGCAAGACCGUCGUCGACAUGAUGCAAGCCGCCAAGGGCGCGGCGCACGCGGCGGAGAGCGCGGAGCUGCGCGCGCGCACGCUGGAGACGACGCGCGCGGCCGGCUCGGCGUUCCGCGCGCUGCUGCAGGCCGUGCUGGCGGCGCCCGGCGGCGCGGCGCGCGCGCAGCUGCCCGACCUCUCGCGCAGCGUGGCGCGCGCCGUCGCCGACAUGCUGGCUGUCGCCGAGCUGCUCAAGGGAUCAGAAUGGGUGGAUCCAGAAGAUCCGACGGUUAUCGCUGAGGCAGAGUUACUGGGGGCAGCGGCCUCCAUCGAUGCGGCUGCACGGAAGCUAGACGCUUUGCGACCACGCAAACCGCCCCAACUUCAGGAGACAGAUGAAAGUCUAAACUUCGACGAGAUGAUUCUCGAAGCAGCCAAGUCCAUAAUUACCGCCACGUCGGCACUUGUACGCGCCGCCUCUGCAGCACAGCGCGAACUUAUUGAUCAGGGCAAGGUGGCGCGGCGGCCGGCGUUUUCGUCGGACGACGGGCAGUGGUCGGAGGGGCUGGUGUCGGCGGCGCGGCUGGUGGCGGCCGCGGCGCACGCGCUGGUGGAGGCGGCCAACGCGCUCGUGCAGGGCGCCGCCUCCGAGGAGCGCCUCAUCUCCAGCGCGCGCCAGGUCGCCUCCUCCACCGCGCAGCUGCUCGUCGCCUGCAAGGUGAAGGCGGACCCGUCGUCAGAGUCUACGCGGCGGCUGCAGGCGGCGGGCGCGGAGGUGAUCCGGUCCACGGACAACCUGGUGCGCGCCGCGCGCGACGCCAUCCACUGCGACGACGAGCGCAGCCUCGUGCUCAACCGCCGCAUGGUGGGCGGCAUCGCGCAGGAGAUCGACGCCAGGUCGGAAGUGCUUCGUAUAGAGAAAGAGUUGGAGGAAGCACGCGGCCGUCUGACUGCAAUUCGCCAAGCGAAGUACAAGCUCCGCGCCGGAGAUACUUCUGGAGACGACACGGACACUGACGUCCAUCUCGCGGGAUACUCUAGCGACGCCUCCACCCACCACAGAUUCAAAACGCCGAACAGCAGUUUUGCGAAUACCACCUACAGUCCAAACAGCACAUACUCAGCUCAGAACACAACGAACAUGACACAAAACACCACCAACAUAUCCCACCACAUGUCCAGCCUUAACCAGUCCAUACACGGCCCGCAGCCGGCCACAAGUCCGAGCUCGAAGCCGGAGUCCAAUCAAUUAAGCUUCAAUACCAACGGGUACCAAAGGGAGGAGAAAUACACCGCGCAGAGCCCGACUUUCUCGAGUUUCAGGCCGCAAGAUGAAACUCCGAAGCAGAACUACGAAGGGUUUACCACACGAGAAAAUACGACCAGUAAUGAUAGAACGAUGAAACAUGAGACGAGCAUGACGGAGGAGACGGUGGUCGUGAAGUCGUUGCAACUGCCGGAGGUGCGUACGGCGUAUUUGAUAUCGGACGGCGACGAUAAGCAAGACGGCGAGCGCGUCUUCUACAAGAGGGAGCGGCCGCCUCCACCGCCGCCGAGACGCAUUUCCCUCCUAAACUACGAGACCAGACUCUACGACACACCGCGACCUAUUAACGAGUAUACUAAAACAGAGGAGCAACGCCAAUUCGAGUCCAAUCAGUCCAGUCAAUACCAGUACACGAGACAGGACCAGCGGUUCGGUUACGACGCGCCCAAACUCCCAUCUCCCUUGAGCCCUAAGUUCAACGCCAGAGAUCUCAAAUUCGAUGAGAUUUCAGAGCCGAUAUACUCUUCCCUUAAAAAACCGAGCACGCCCAAAUCACCAUUUGACGGCGUCGGGCAGAGCUUCACCGAACAUCAAAAAUCCACAGAAGCCAUCCCUGGCGGAACAAAGCACUCCGAGUAUACUGUUAAAAGCGAGUCCUACCAGAGCUAUCCAAAGGCGGAUUUUAGUUCUACUGAAAUUAGACAGGAAGUGAAAUCUCCCUUCGCAACGUCUACGCCGUCCAAAUACGAGACCAACCAAUUCACGGAAUUCCCAAAAAAUUCAAUGGAUUUGGUGAAAGCCCCGACGCCUACUUUCGAGAGGAUAUCUUCGCCAUACGGCAAGGAGGUUCACAGCUACGGUGGGCCGAACUAUCUCGAGGAGACCACUACUGAAGUCAAAGAAAUACCGAAUGGCACUCAGAAGGUUACGACCACAAAGAUCUACAGUUCAUCGCCGGUGAACAUGACGAGUACCAGCACCAAAUACGAACCGAUCAAGCUCGAGGGAAUCGACGAGCUAUCGAAAUCAUUCGACAACGACUCUAAAUACAGCACAUUGGAUUCGCGUUUCAAUACUUUGGACUCGAAGAUCAGUUCGGACACGAGUCGCUCGUUCAUGCGACCGUCGGAGUUCCAGUCAUCGGACUACCAAGCCACGUCUAGUGUGACCAAACUGAAAAAACCGACAGACUUGGUCAAGGAAAUCGAUAGUUUAGAUAAAAAGUUAUCCAAGCAAACCAUCACGUCGGAAAUCGUCGAGCGCAAGUCCAUAAUGACUAGUUCCCACAAGUCCGAAACUAGCUCCACCGUUACGAAGAAAUUUGGCAACUUCUAA